UUGAUACGCUUCGGCUUCCACCUCACGCCUCGCUCCUCCCGCUUCUCGAUUCUUCCCUCCCGCUCGCUCCCACCACCCCACCUCGCCGCCCAAGGGGGGAUCGGAAAGCACUCCGCGAGCCCGAACCCUAGCCAUGUCGAAUGGGCCCUCCGCGUCGUCGUCGGCCGUCGCCGGGCCCUCCUCCUCGUCCCCGCCGCAGGCCGGCGGCGGGGACGCGCCCCGCCAGUGCCGCCCCCCGCGCGCCGGCGCCGACCCGCUCCUCAUCGUCUGCGGCUGCUUCAGCGUCGCCACGGCCGCCACCGCGCUCCUCUGCGUCGCCGUCAACGUCCUCUCCGCGGUCCAGGCCUUCCGCGCCGGCUCCGAUAUAUUCGGGGGCAUCUUCCGGUGCUACGCGGUGGUGUUCUCGCUCUUCGUCGGCGUCCUCGAGACCGAGUGGGGAUUCAUCAUGAAGUUCUGGAAGAUAUUUGAAUACUGGCCUGCACGGGGAAUGCUACAGAUCUUUGUUGCUGUCAUGACGAAGGCAUACCCAAGUAUUGAAAGGAAUGAUCUGAUUUUGCUCCAGGAGAUUGCCAGCUAUAUGCUUCUUUCAUGUGGAGCUGUCUAUGUUAUCUCGGGGAUAUUGUGCAUUGGUGUGCUAAAACGUUCUAGGCAGCAGAAAGCAACAUCACGGGAGCAAGCAGUCAAGGAUCUGCAUGAGCUGGAGAAACGGAGAGAAGAACUUGAGGCGCUGUUAAUUGCUGAGCGGUCCGAGCUAGUCUAAAGGCUGACCACAAUGAUCUAACAUCUCUCUUCCAGUGUAGAUAACAAUCUUUUCUGAUGAUAGCAUACUGCUUGGUGAUGGCCAUUGAUUGUUCAUCCAUAAGUCAAUUCUGAGUGUAUCUUCUUUAGUUCCUCUGUCAUGCGGGUUUAUGGUUUCAGCUGAACUGUGGGUUUAUGGUUUUGGAGCAUUGCGUUGAUUCAUCGCCUGGGAGUAUGUUGUUUGAGUUAAGUUACGGGAUUUGUGUGUGAUGUACAAUGCUGACUUCCUGUAAGCUCGUCUUGUGUGUUGCCGAAUAGUUCCCCCGAGUUGUGUGUGUGAGUAGGUUCUUUGUUCAUGAAGACAUGAACCAGGAGUUCAAGCAGCUUCCUCUUUCGACAGAUGAAUUGUAGUAACUCAAUCAUCUUUUCAUACUUAUGAUUAUGAUUUCUUCCAUAUCA